AAAGGUCUUUAUGACUACACGUGCAUAAUAACUCAAUUUGUAACAUUUAUGUUUAACAAAUAAUAAAGAAUAACUAUGACACCUAACAACUUAAAUCGUCUUGCACCUUGCAAAACUAACAAAGACGUUUAAUUCCGAUCUCAAGAAUGUCGUCGAUUCAAGAAUCGGAGGUGGUGGUGCUAGGAUGGUGGGUGAGCAUGUUCACUGCAAGGGUUCGAAUUGCUUUGGCUGAAAAGGGAAUAAGCUAUGAAUACAUAGAAGAAGACUUCCCAGAAAACAAAAGCCCUCUUCUUCUCAACCACAACCCAGUUUAUAAGAAGGUCCCAGUUCUGGUUCACAAAGGCAAACCCAUCUGUGAAUCCUUAAUCAUUAUCCAAUACAUCGACGAAACAUGGAAAGAAGGAUAUUCGUUGUUACUUUCUGAUCCUUAUCUCAAAUCUCAAGCUGCUUUCUGGGCUGAUUACAUCGAUAGGCAUAUAUAUGAAGGUCUGAAGAUUAUUAUUACUUCAAAAGGUGAAGAAAUGAAGAAAGUAGUUGAAAAAUUCUUGGGGUACCUCAAGGUGUUGGAAAGGGAGCUGGGUGAGAAGCCAUAUUUCAAUGGUGAGUCAUUUGGUUUUGUUGAUAUCGCACUUAUCUCCUACUACAGUCAUAUUAUUGCCGAUGGGACGCUAGGAAAUUUUAGUAUCGAGAAACAUUGCCCAAAGUUGCAUGUUUGGGCUACACAAUGCAUGAAAAGGGAGAGUGUUUGGAAGACGCUUGCGGAUCCAAACAAGAUUUAUGAGUCGCUAGUUGCUUAUAGAAAGAAAAUUGGUGUAGAUGAAUAAUCAGUUUAAUUAGCUAAGAGUUGGAUGUCUUGUUUGUUUGCAUUUCCUUGGGAGUUUUAAAUUUGAUUCUGAGCAUGAUGUGGAUUAAUAGUUGAAAUAUGGUGUGUACUAGAAGUGUGGUUUUGAAGAUUUCCUUUUAUAUCGUG